UACAAAACUAUCAUGUCUGCACACCUAGCAGAUUCUUUUUUCUUUCUUUUGGCCCCAACAUGGAAUCUCUUACCCCAUUUUCGUGUCACCACCUAAUGCCACCCCCCACCCCCCACCACCGCUGACCCUGACUGCUCACCUUCCUUCCACCCACCUCCACCCAACGCACCCACCCCCCACCAAACAAAAAUCCAACUAUUAUCCCUUCCUUUCUACCCCAAAAACCCUUUCCCAUUUUCUAGGGAACUUCGUCUGAAAAAUGGAUAAUCAAGCAUUUUCACCAUCACAAACCGGAGCCGCGACCCGAUUAGCGAAUACCCACAUGACGUUUUCCGGUGUCCAUGAUGACCCGGCAACUUCCUCCCUCUUUGACUGGGCCGAUUUACUCGAAUUCAACCUCGACGAGCAAUUGACCAUCUCCUUCGAUGACCCACUUCGCCCACCGCCGGAGACACAGCCGAUGAUGGGCCCAGUUAUACCCUCUUCGGAAGAUUCGCCGCAAAGUCAGGAUACGGAAGCGGGUCGGAUCAGAAAACGGGACCCGAGGAUGGUGUGCUCCAAUUUUCUAGCGGGUCGGAUUCCAUGUGCUUGCCCUGAAUUAGAUGAGAAGAUGGAGGAAGAGGAGCUGGCUGGAAUUGGGCCCGGGAAGAAACGGGCCCGGACUGUACGGGCUUCGGCUGGUGCUGGGGCGAGGUGUCAAGUACCCGAUUGUGAAGCGGAUAUCAGUGAGCUCAAAGGGUAUCACAAGAGACAUAGAGUGUGCUUGCGUUGUGCUAAUGCAAGUGCUGUGUUGCUUGAUGGGCAUAACAAGAGAUAUUGUCAGCAGUGUGGCAAGUUUCAUAUUUUGUCAGACUUUGAUGAAGGUAAACGUAGUUGUAGAAGAAAAUUAGAGCGUCACAACAACAGGCGUAGGAGAAAAGCCACGGAUUCUUCCAAAACAUCUGCUGAAAAGGAAUCUCAGCAGGUCACAAUGGCUGAUGAUGGUAGUGGUGAUGAUGACAUUGUAAAAGAUAGCACAUGCAUGGGCAGCCAGUUAGGAGAAAAGGAAAUCCUACUAGAAUCUGAAGGACAUGUGCCAAUAGACUCCACUCAAGGUAUCCAAAAUAAUCACAGUGAUAGUUUCACAGCUUCUGGUGAAACACAGGCUGAUGCAGAAAAAGAGAACUUUAAAAGUUCCCAUUCUCCAUCCUAUUAUGACAGCAAGAGUGGCUUUUCUUCAGCGUGCCCCACUGGUCGGAUCUCAUUCAAGCUUUAUGAUUGGAACCCUGCAGAGUUCCCUCGAAGACUCCGGCACCAAAUCUUCCAAUGGUUGGCCAGUAUGCCUGUUGAGUUGGAGGGCUAUAUUCGUCCAGGUUGUACAAUCUUGACAGUUUUUGUUGCAAUGCCGACAUUCAAGUGGGGUAAGUUACUAAAAGACCCUGCUGCACACCUAUAUGAGUUGAUCGCAUCACCUGGAAACAUGCUUCGUGGAAGAGGAAGCUUUCUUGUUUAUCUCAACGACAUGGUAUUUCGUGUUACCAAAGGUGGAGAUUCAAUAGUGAAAGUCAAGUUAAAGGGACCAGCACCAAAGCUCAAGUCUAUUCAUCCCAUGUGCUUUGAGGCUGGCAAGCCUAUGGAGUUUAUUGCCUGUGGAAAUAAUCUAAUGCAGCCCCGAUUCCGGUUUCUUGUGUCAUUUGGGGGAACAUAUUUGGGGAAUGAUACCAAUGUCGUACCAUCAGGGUGUAAAAGUGAUGGUGAUUCUAGUAGCAUGGACCAUCAAUUAUUAAAGAUACAUGUCCCUAGAACCGAAGCAGGCCUUUUUGGCCCCGCUUUUGUUGAGGUCGAGAAUGAAUCUGGUUUAUCUAACUUCAUCCCCAUCCUCAUUGCGGAAAAGGAUAUUUGUGCAGAAAUGAAGGAAAUACAACGGAAGUUCUGUUGUGGAGUGUCAGAACGCACUGCUGUUUGUUCUCCAUCUGAAGCUUCCACGUCUAGAAAAUCAGAAUUCUCAGAAUUUAUGUUGGAUGUGGCGUGGUUACUGAGGGAGCCGUCAGCAGAAAAUGUUCAGAUUCUGGCGUCUGUACAGAUGCAGAGAUUUAAUUAUUUGUUGAAUAUUUUAAUGGAAAGUCAGUCGACUAUUAUUUUGGAAAGAGUACUGUCUUAUUUUGAAAAUAUGGUGAAGAGAAACAUGUUAGCUGGCAUCACUGAUGCUGACAUGAGGCUUUUUCAGAGGAAUAUUCGUGAGAAAAAUAAUCUGCUCAAGGAAAGAUUGCAUCGAAAGGAAUAUUUUGCGGGGGAUUCGAGGCAGAUUAUGCAGGAGGCAAAUACUUCUAGUCAAAUCUUCCAAAAUCACAUGCUAUCUGUUUUUCCAGUUAUCAAUCAGGCUUGAACAUGACCAAGUGCCUGCCCAUCUAAAUUAGCUUGACUUGGUGUAAAGUUCGAUUGGUUGCUUGAAGUGAAGCAAAGACAUUAUCGCUUCAUAGGUGAAGCCUUGCGCUCCAAACGCGCAAAGGGAUCCCAACUAAAUAUAAUUGAUUCAUUGGAUCUCAACUGAGGAGUUCUAUUAAUAUCGGUAUUAUUGUAUAUUGGAUACUUUGGAUACUGAAAUUAAUUGUUUUAAUUGCAAUCCAAUCACUGUAGCAUUCAUAUAUGUUUGGUAUUGUUUACUGGGCACUUUUCGCUUUUAACGAUAAUAUUUGUUCUCUUAUGGUACAUAAUGGUGGUCAUUAAUAUGUUUUACGUUUCAAAUUUGAGUAGGGAGCAUUUGAAUUACUUUUUACCUUCAGAAUGUCUUGUAACUGCUCAUUUCAUGCUUUUACGAUACAAAGUCGUGUUUUUAAACGGUGAUGACUCAUAGCUGAUGCUAAUUAACUGCAUCGGUGGCUUCCUAAUUUACAGGACACAGAGGUGGUACCAGAUAAGCACAACAUAGAGUUUGAUUCGACUUAUUGGGAGGGAACUUCUACUGUCCCACUUUUGGAUGCUGAAUUGGCAUUGAGAGUGAAGGAGGAGCAAUCAGUGAAGUCCUGUGGCUUCUUGGUUAGAAAAACAGUUGUGACGUCUCGUACUCUUGUUUUUCUAAUCACUGGUUUUGCUGUAUGUCUUGGUCUCUGUGCAACAUUCCUGCACCCUAGAAAAGUUGGUGAAUUCGCCAUGACAAUCCGGAGGUGUCUGUUUGACAGAAAUUAAAAUUGCAUGUAGCUUUUACCUAAAUGACGGUUUGCGGUCACAGAAUAUAGAUGCGAUCUCCAUUGCUCGGCCCCCCUUUAUGGCUGGUCUUGUAUGAUAUUAAUGUGUUCGCUACAACUGUAUCUCAAGAAAUUGGACAAACAUUCAUGUGUUUGCCACAACUGCAUCUGAAGAGACUGGACAGCAUUGAGUAGAGAGUUAAUGAUUAGAUCCUGAUUCCUGACCAAUGCAUUGAUGGAAGACGUGCUUCAUAGAAUUCUUGAUGUACUAUACAACCUGCGCUAUGUAAAACACAAAAACUGUAAUAGCUUUGUAGCUUCCUUAGUUGUGCUGUUUCCUGGUACAAGUAGUUGGAUGGUUAAAAGCUUUUUAUUGCGGACAUCAGUUGUCCCACAAAAGCAGGCACACAUAGCAUAUGCUGAUAUUGUUUGUGAUCAAUAACUUUUAAGGUUUGGUUAA